UGCUUCGAAUGUGACUACACGCCAAUUUCCUUUUUCACUAAUGAGGUGGUGUUCAGGGUGAAUGACACAGUUGUUACUUCCAACAGCACUCUGGGAAGAGUUGUGAAGAAUUAUCCACAUGAUCUUUCAGAUACACUGGUAGUGAAUGGCAGUGGCAGUGUGUUCAGUACAUUCUGGGAUACAAACAUAAAAUGCUGUGAGAAACGUUUAUGCAAUGCGUUUUUCAUGGCAAAAGUAGGAGUUUUGCUCUUUAAAGUUUUCAACCCCCCAUCCAUUAUGGGGGAAACAGAGGUUACUGAAGGGAAUACGUUACAUCUAUUGUGUGGUGGGUCAAACUCAGACCCUCAACCAAUUUUACAAUGGAUCUCUCCUGAUGGGAAGAUGGUCAGUGAGAGUGGGGAACUUGAUAUAGUGACUACCACCAGGAAUAUGACUGGGAUAUACACCUGUGUAGCUACUCUC